AUGGCGGUGGACAUGGACAGGGAAGCCAUAAAAAUGCUGUCGUCGGCGAGCCAAGAAGAUGCCAACCAGUCGGACUCCAAUUCGCAGUUCGAGUGCCAGGCAACAUCGAUAUUACGAGGUGGCAAAAAAAAAGGCACUUUCAGUCAGAAGAACAGUGCCAGAAAAAAGAAAGUUAUUGCAGCCGGUUGUGGUGGCCACCUGCUGCCGUCCCUCGCCGCUGCACUUUGCAUACUGAGCAUCCCGCUGGGACUGACUCCACCGGUGAGCUCCAUGUCGCCGGCCAACGAGACGGCCUGGCCACCCAUGCGGCAUUACGAUAUCUGGGACGACCAUCCCGGCGAUCUUGAGGAGGAGUCUUUGGCGGAGGAGAUGGACCUUCAGGAGCAGCUGGACAUGGAGAUGCAGCAGCAGGAAGACAUCUCUGUUGGCAGUCACAAUCAGACGAAUGGCAGGCAGGGAAAGGUGAUCCAUCUGUUCCCGGUGCCCGUGGAUGGUGAUUGUUUGUCCAACGAUGGUCGGCGGAUGGGCAACUGCCUGAAUGCCUACGAGUGCCGCCAGAAGGACGGACAGGCGAAGGGAGAGUGCGCCAUGGGGUUCGGAGUGUGCUGCGUGUUCCUGGCCAGCUGCAACACCACGAUCUCGAACAACAUCACCUACAUCGUGUCGCCGGGAUUCCCCAGCUUCAUGCCCAGCAACUUCACUGGCUGCAGCCUGCGGGUGAAGAUGAUGAGCGACGAGAUCAGCCAGGUGCGGAUCGACUUCCACCACUUCACUCUGGGUCAGCCGAAUCGAAGGACUGGCGUGUGCGAAGGAGAUAUCUUCAGUAUAGGCGGUGGACCAGGUGGAAAUUUCUCCCUUUGCGGCCAGAACAGUGGACAGCAUUUGUACUACGAUGUGGGUGCUCGAGCUUCGCCUCGGCAAUCUACACUGUACGGGAGUCUUCGCCCGGUGGAUACCGGUAAUGGUAGCACCAGCAACUCCACAGGAGAUCGCUUCAUCGACAUCAAUCUCAACCUGUCCAAUCGCCUCCUGCCCCUUCGCCUUUGGGAGAUGAGCGUGGUCCAGAUCCCCUUCAGUCAACGAGCUCCGGCGGGCUGUCUGCAGUAUCACACCGGCAGGGAGGGCAUUAUGCAAACCUUUAACUUUGCGGAAAACGGGCGUCACUUGGCCAAUCAGAACUAUCGGAUUUGCGUGCGCCAGGAGUCGGACAUGUGCUCGAUUAUGUACCAGCCGUGCGAUGAGCUCUCCUUCCGGAUUGGUGGCGGCGGACGAAUGGCCACCCGUGAUGGUGACACUGGUGGUGGAGGAUCACCCACAACUUCGAAUAACGCAGCAGUCCAGUCAAAUCCCGCUGUGGCACAAUCGGAUGUUGCAGGUGCAACAGCAACAUCGGCUAGUGCAGCAAUGACCACGGCAGCCCCAACUUCCAGCACUCUGAUGCAGAUGCUGGCCAACAUGGCCAACUCCACCACGACAACGCUGAUGACCAUGAUGUCAGGGAACACUACUUCCGCUGCCAGUCCAUCAUCUUCACCCAGCAGCAGCAGCAGCAGUACGGCUGCGAUGAGCACGACGACAACAUCGACCACUGCAGCUCCGUUGCGUUCCAGUACAGAGUCAACCAGCACAUCGCAGGCACCAGCAUCCUCGCCAGCCAGCGACGAUGUGGAGGGUUCGGGUGGCGAGGACGGCGGAGUGGGCGAUGAUGACGACGAUGGCGGCUUUUUGUUCUUCAGGAGUCGACCCACCACAGAGGAGCCGGGCGUUUCCCGCCGCCCACGUCCGAGUGGAGGCUUCGACAUCAUGGGCAUCAUUCGUAAUGCCCUCGACUUGCCGCUGAAAUGGCGGCGACGCCAGGCCCGUCAGUUCUUCAGCACCUGCUCGGAUCGGAUUACGAUGCCGUGCAUCAUAGAGGACUUCAUAGGCACGGGGCUGGGUCCACUGCCCGGAUGCGAGCCCGUUCACUGUGGCGCCCAGUUCUGCUCCUCGGGCGUGUGGCCAUGUCGCAUCGAAAGCACGGUGACUCCGUUUUACAUAGGUGUCCGCUUCGGCAACGGAUUGGGUGCUGGCAAGGCGAAUGCCGAGGAUAAUGUGGGCGCUUGUCUGCGCUUUUCCCAGGUGCAGUGCACGUAAGGAUUCCCGCCAAUCCAUCAA